AUGCAUGGGUUUGUACAAUAUUUUCUAAGUGUUGUGAGCUUUACUCGCUUAUUUCGUAAUGGUCUUCUCAAUCUUGAUCUAACUUUCACUCAUAAAGAUCCUGCUUAUCGUUAUUCAUUAGAAUAUGUCGAUGGAAAUCUUCUUUUUAACGAACUUAGAGUUCAUAUGACGAAGUUAGAAAAUUUUAAUUUUUGCAUUGAAACAGCUUGUUUAUGUAACCAACAAAUGCAUUAUGUUAUUAAAUCAUUUCAAACACAAGUAGCUGGUGGUGCUACAUCACGUAAAACAGUUAAAGGAUUGCGAAAACUUUCAGAUGCUGGUAAAUCUAUUCGAAUUAUUGAUGCUUGUACUGUUAAACAGAAUGGUCCAGAUUCAAUUCUUAAAUAA